GGCAGGCAGAAACGUCAAACGCCGCGCGGCACAUGUGUUUACAACGGAAUCGGGACCGGAUUUUCGAUUCUUCGCUUCAAGUUUUGCCGUAGGUUCUGUGAUUGUCGUGAUAAAUCGGUGACCAUUUGUGAAAUAGAUCGAGGAAUUCCCCCACCACAGCACCAUGCCAAAGUCCAAGCGAGAUAAGAAGAUUUCCCUAACCAAAACGGAUCGGAAGGGCCUGUCCAACAAGCAGCAGAUCAUCGAGGACAUCCGCGAGUGCCGGCAAAAGUAUGACAACAUAUUUCUGUUCUCGGUGCAAAAUAUGCGCAACAGCAAACUGAAGGACAUUCGGACGGCGUGGAAGAAUUCGCGGUUUUUCUUCGGCAAGAACCGGGUCAUGCAGCUGGGGUUGGACUUUGUCAGUGACGAGGGGGAGGACGGUGCUGAUGAUCCCAAGCUGGGAAAGGACCUGGAGAAGCUGCGGGAACAGAUGGUUGGCCAGUGCGGCCUGUUGUUCACUUCGGAAACGAAAGAAACGGUUCUGGACUGGUUCGAUUCGUACUCGGCCGAUGAAUUUGCCCGCAGUGGGUUCCGAGCGACCAAGAAGGUUCACCUGAAGGAGGGUCCGCUGGAGGAAUUCUCGCACGCCAUAGAACCACAUCUGCGCUCGCUGGGAAUGCCAACUAAGCUGGACAAGGGAGUCGUGACGUUGUACAAGGAAUUCACCGUUUGCGAAAAGGGCAAGGUGCUGUCGCCGGAACAGGCUCGGAUACUGAAGCUGCUGGGGAAGCCGAUGGCCAAGUUCAAGGUUAUCAUCAACUGCGCCUACCUGAAGGAUGGCGGCUUCGAGGAGAUCAACAAGCGGGACAUCGAAAUGACUAAAAAGGUUAAGAAGCCGCUGGUCAAGAAGGUCAAGAAGGAUGCUGAGGCCAUGAGCGACGGAGAGGAAGAUGACGACGAGGAGGAUGGCAGUGACGAGGAUAUGAGCGAGGACGGAGAGGAUGAUGAUGAGGAAAUGGAGAGCGAUUAAGCGUUAAGAUUAGCUGGUAAGAUUAUUUUUCCUUUUUAGAUAAAGUUAUCUACUGUAUUGGAAUAUUAAAAA